GCCGCGGACUGGUACCUGGCCGUCCAGCUGCUCCUCACAGUCCUGGCCCUCGCCCUCGCCUCCGUCUGCGUGAGGCCGCGGGGAGCCGAGGGGGAGCGGCCCCGGGAGCCGGUGGUUGCAGAAGCGGCCCGGGAGAGCGGCCCUGGGGACCAAAUGGUAGCGGGAGCAGAGCCGGAGGCCGCAAGGGGACGGCUGCCGGUGGAGGAGGUCGGGGUGGUCGAGGAGCGAAAGGAGGAGGCUGCCGAGCAGCUGAAGAAGGCGGCGGAGGAGCCGAGCUCCAUGGCCAAGCCCAGCCCUGCGGUGUCAGAGAACGUCCCCUGGCAGCUGCUAACAGAGCCCCGAGAGCCCGAGCCCGAGGAGGAUACGGAAAGCAAGAUUCCACCUUUGGGAGCUUCAGCUGGGUCCAGCCUCAGGCACCCAGGACAAGUGGAGGAUGCAGGAGAUCAUGCAGCAUUUUCCAUCAAGGUGGAGGAGGAAGAUCUGGACUCAGAAAAAGAGAAGCUGGUGGUGAGAGAGCUGGCAAGCACAGGAACUACACCAGCCUCAGUGACAGUACAGCAGCAUCAUUUGAGAGUUCUGAAGGUUUUGAAUGGCCUUUGGGUACCCUUGGGACCUUCCUGCUGAUUGCGAUGGGGAUCAGCAUGUUAGCACACAUACAGAAUAUGUUUUACCCACCACCAUUUUGUCUGAUCUCAAAAGUUAAGCAGAGUCAGGUUUGGGUCUUGUCUAGGGUUAGACGACACCAUAGGAAGACCAAGAGGUUUUCCCCAAGGCUGGACAGUCAUGA